AUGGGUAGAAAGAAAAAAACUUUUCAUAAACCUUCAAUUCAAAUUGAAACUGGCAAUGAUAGAUACGAUAAUCAGGCUGGUAGAAUAAAAGCCAUAAAUACAUGGGAUGAUAUUGAACACGAUUCCGAAGAUGAUUAUCAUGAAAGGAGAGGAAGAAUUUUAAUAGAUGACGGUCAAAAACAAGAUGAAUCUGAAUCAUCUGAAGAAGAAGUAUUUGCUUUACAAACUGGUGAUACAUCAUCUGAUGAAAACCAAGAAGACGAUUUAGUGUCUUCAGAAGAUAUUGAUGAUAUCGAUGAUUUUGAUUCACAGACUUGGGGCACUCAAGAUUUCUUUGAUGAGUUUGACAUUAGAUCUGACUCAAAAAAAGAUAUGGAUAUAGAGAAUGAAAAAAAACUCAUGGAAAGGCUUAAUCAAGAGGUUAAAAAAAUAGCUCUUGAACCUCAAGGCGAAAUACAACCGGAAAUUAUAAAUAAAGGUCUUUAUUCAAACCUUUCCAGAACCGAAAUUAUAGAAAUUUUGCAGGAUGAAUCACCUGAGCUUUUUGAAUUAAUGAACGAAUUUAAAGAAAAACUUUCGAUACUCAAGAAUACGUUAACACCUAUAAUAGAAAAGGCCAAGAAAAGGAACAUUAAAGAUGAUCCAGCCAUGAAAUUUUUAUCUAUAAAAUAUUAUACGUUGUUUAAUUAUCUUACCAAUAUCUCCUUUUACCUUUUCUUGAGAUCGUCUGGAACACGUCAUUUACGAACGCAUCCUGUAAUUGACGCGCUUGUAGACCUCAGAACAACUUGGGACAAAUUAGAGAUCUUAGAAAGUAAAAUGGAAGAUGUAAUUAACGAGUUUAUUGAUAGGUUAGAGACAGAUGAACAAAUCGAUCAAAAUGAGAUGGCAGACUCAGAAUUGGUAGUUGAUGAAAUAAUUAAGCAACCACAGAAAUCAAUUGAUUUAAAAGUCAAGAAAGUUAAAACUGCAAAGUCAAAAAAAGAAAACAAUGAAUUGACAGAAUCCAAUCUUCAGAACAAAUCAGAUAAAGGAAAAUUAAUAAAGAAAAUAACUAAUGAACCAAUCAAGAUAAAAUCUCAAAAAUUAGAUGAAAUUAUGAGCGAAGAAAGUGAUCAUGAGAGCAUAAAUGAUCAACCAAAUAUUGCGGUUACAUUGAUUGAACCAGAAUUUGAGGAUACGGAUUUGGGAGAUUUGGAUGCUUUAGAUGACGUGGAUGCUAAUGAUAAGACACAAAAAAGAAAAUCACUGCGACAUCAUAUUGCGAAGAUUGAUCAGACUUUAGCUAAGCGUGAAAAGGCGAUUCGCCUUAGUGGGGACACCGAUAUACCUUAUAAAGAUAAGGAAAAGGGUGUAGUUAAACCAAUAAACAAUCAGAAUGAUGGUGACGACUUGGAUGAUUUAGAUUGGAAUGAUGAUGAUGAAAAGAUAGCAAACGAUAUGGAAAACGAAGAUGAAGAAGAUGCUUUUUAUUUAGCAGUGCAGAAAGCUAAGAAAGCUAAGGAUAAACAAAAGAAAUUGGAGCACGAACAGUUGAUUAAGAAUAAUAAAGUUGUUUAUGAGGAAGACAUACUUCCAGAUGGUUCUAAACGGCAGAUUAAUUAUCAGAUACUCAAGAAUAAAGGUCUUAUACCACACCGUAAGAAAGAACAACGCAAUCCACGAGUUAAGCAUCGUAACAAAUACGAGAAGGCAAAGAAAAGAAUCAAAAGUUUCAAAAGAGUUGUGGUUCAACAAGAGGGAUCUUACGGGGGUGAGAAAACCGGUAUUAAACCUAAAUUAUCAAGAAGUAUUAAAUUUG